GCUCCAAACAUUUCGAAGUCAAAAAAGUCGCAUCGCUCAAAAUUCCCGGCUCACCAGUUCAAGCCGGAAUCUGAACGGAUCCUUCGUUGACGCCAAUAGUCAGAAACUGAACGGCCGAGCUUCACGAUCAGCUGAGCGGCGGAAAGUAUCCAGUGGUACGGAGUCUGCGGCGAUGCCGUCUCGCCGACCUCAGAACUCGGCGUCUCCGGCUGAAAACAAGUCGCGACGGCGUGCUGUGGUGCCCGUGGAGACUUGGUUGCCGCCUGAUUGGGUGGUUGAAGAUAGGGUUCGGACCUCUGGUGCGACAGCUGGAUUGGUUGACAAGUAUUAUGUUGAUCCAAGCUCAGGACGUCGAUUCAGGUCAAAGAAAGAAGUGCUUAAAUUUCUAGAAACUGGAACCUUUCCUAAUGCUAAUAAAAAGAAAGGAAUGGAAAAUUCUGUUGCUGGCAAGGAUUCUCCUGAGAGCUCUACCGGCAAGAAACGUGUGAAGAAGUCUGGCACUGAGGCAAAGUCUUUGAACUUUGAUUUCUUCAAUGUGCCUGAGAAGGUUGACUGGGUAUUAACUGAUAGUUCUACAGACUGUUGGACUCCUUUUAUUGGAGAUGAGAAGGUGGAAGAAUCUGUUACACAAGAAUGGGCUGCUGCAUUCACAUACGUAACAGCCGGCAAUACUGGUCAGGUGGCGCUUUGAUAACAUAAUCUGCCCCCCAGUAUAGAGCAUGGUCUCACGGACUCAUACUGACUACUAAUAGGGUUCUUUUUCUUUUGGUGUCACUUUUAUUUUGCUCUAGUUGCUUGACAGUUGAUUUGAUUAGUUCCAUUGGACAAACAGCCAUACUCACCAGGAAGUUAGAAACUUUUUGUUUUGGGUUGCAGGUUAUAGCGUUAUAGAAUUCAUUCACACGUAAUUUCUUGAUCUUUUCUUCUUUUUGGUCAUAUUAACUCUUGGUUAUUAUUCAAAACUGAUACUGGGUUGUUGAAAAGGUUGUGUACACAAGAUCCUUGUGUUUAAUUGAUUUCUUUAUGGUCAUGGAUUGAUAUUAUUCAU